CAAAAACAAUACUAAUCUACAUACCUAACUCAUCAUCAUCGAUCAUAUCAAAGAAUUGAAUUGAAGAUGAUUAAGGAAGCUGCUGGCACCACCCCCCAGGCCCUCCCUCUUCUGUCUCUCAACCACGUUUCCCUCUUGGUUAAGGAUGUGUUUAGUUCGGUUCGUUUCUACGAGGAUGUCUUGGGCUUUUGCCUCGUCAAACGCCCUUCCUCCUUCAAUUUCCAUGGAGCCUGGUUGUAUAACUAUGGCAUUGGCAUACAUUUGCUAGAGAGGGAAUCCUCGCAGAACUGUGACACUGUCACCGAUGAGCCUCGACCAAUUAAUCCCAAAGAUAAUCACAUUUCCUUUCAGUGCACGGAUGUGGAGGAGGUGAAGAGAAGAUUGGAGGAGAUGGGAAUGAAGUACGCGACGGCGGUGGUGGAGGAGGAGGGUAUAACGGUGGACCAAGUGUUCUUCCACGACCCUGAUGGCUACAUGGUUGAGAUCUGCAACUGUGACAACCUACCUAUGCUGCCUAUCUCCUCCGCCGCCAGCUGCCCUCUCCGGCGACCCGACUUUACCAGCACGGCACCGGCGCAGCCUUCCACCGGCUACGGGAGCUGUGGGUUCAUGGAGGCGAUGAUGAUGGAGAGCUUGAGCAUGGACAUGCUCAACUUCUCAUUCUAAGUACUACAAAUUAAAUUAAAUUAAAUUAAAUUAAAUGCAAAUCUUGGAAUUAUAUUAAACAAAAUGUCCGAUCCGGUUUCAAUUUUGGUUAAAGUGUUUGUCUACUUAGCUAGACCAGACCACAAUUUAUCUAUACAAAUUUGAAAUAAAUAAUAAUAAUUUUCUUGAUUUA